CCCGCCGGCACCAAACUAUCCGCACACCCAAUAGGCGAAGGAGACGUAACGUGCGCAAGGAACGAAAUAAACAGGUUGACUGAAAAUGUCCAGCUCCAAGAUGAACGCUACGACAGUGGAUAUCCUCAAAGCCAGUGGAGCAGAAGUACCAUGGGUUGAGAAGUAUCGGCCGAUCAUCUUAGAUGACAUCACUGGAAAUACGGACACGAUCGAACGUCUUAAAGUGAUUGCUCGGGAUGGGAAUUGUCCCCAUAUCAUCAUUUCGGGUGCGCCUGGAAUCGGAAAGACGACUAGUAUACUUUGCUUAGCUCAUGCACUCCUGGGUGACGCAUAUAAGGAGGGUGUCUUAGAACUCAACGCGUCUGAUGAAAGAGGAAUUGAUGUAGUGAGAAACAAAAUCAAGACGUUUGCCAACACCAAGGUAACUCUUCCAGCCGGUCGACACAAGAUAAUCAUUCUAGAUGAAGCCGACUCGAUGACAGCCGGUGCCCAACAAGCCCUCCGACGAACGAUGGAGAUCUACUCGAACACGACCCGAUUCGCGCUUGCGUGUAACAACAGCAGCAAGAUCAUCGAGCCGAUCCAGAGCCGAUGUGCGAUCCUGAGAUAUGGAAAGCUGAAGGACCAGGAGGUGCUCAAGAGACUGGUCGAGAUCGCCACGGCCGAAAAUGUCAAAUAUGCAGAAGACGGAUUGGCCGCCUUGAUCUUCACCUCAGAAGGGGACAUGCGCCAGGCCAUCAACAAUCUACAAUCAACCGUCUCUGGCUUCGGCUUCGUGUCCGCAGAGUCGGUCUUCAAAGUCUGUGACCAACCUCAUCCGGUCGUCAUCCAGAAACUCUUAUCAGCAUGUGAAAAAGGUGAUUUGAGUGAUGCGUUGGAUCAACUUGAGCACCUGUGGGAGCAGGGCUAUAGCGCUUUGGAUAUCGUCGGUACCCUAUUGAAAGUCGUCAAGAGCAUGGAUCGUAUGUCGGAAUUCUUAAAGCUGGAAUUCAUCAAAGAAAUAGGUUUCACUCAUAUGCGGAUUCUUGAGGGUGUUAGCACACUUGUCCAAUUGGGAGGCUUGUUAUCUAGAUUAUGUAAACUCAAGAUGGAUCCCAAAACUUUCACAAUUUGACAAUACUAUAUUUUUCCACCUCUCCCUUUAUUCUUAAAAGAAUCGCACCUACAAAACACGGAAGAUGUGUCCCAGUAUGAUUCAAAAUGU